AUGGCCAAUGAUAUCAAAGACUACAUCGGACAAUGUAGUACAUGCAACGAGUAUGAAUCACAACAACAGAAAGAACCGCUCUUAACACACGAUGUUCCUGAUCACUCCUGGAGUAAACUAGGUAUAGAUAUCUUCACACUGCACUCACAAGACUGCCUAAUAACAGUGGACUACUACUCAGACUUCUGGGAACUUGACAUUCUUAAAGCUACAUCUUCGAUAACAAGCAUCGAUUGUCUCAAAGUAUACUUCAGCAGACAUGGAAUUCCGGACAUUGUGGUUACAGACAAUGGACCACAACUUGCUAGCACAGAGUUCAAUGAGUUUGCACGCGAGUGGGAAUUUGAGCAUGUUACAUCUUCACCGUACCACAGUCAGUCUAAUGGCAAAGCAGAAUCGACUGUGAAAAUUGCCAAGAAACUGGUAAAGAAAUCACAGAAAAGUGGUAAUGAUCUCUGGAAAUCUAUUCUGGAUUGGCGUAAUACCCCAACUGAAGGCAUGUCAAGUAGUCCAGUGCAGAGACUUAUGUCACAAAGAACACGACACUCAUUACCGAUUGCAGACGUUUUACUUAAACCGCAAGUGAUUGAACAUGUGUACGACAACAUCAAAUUGAAACGCCAGAAAGCAAAGCUUCAUUAUGACAAGCAUGCUAAGGAGCUCUCAGACCUGCAAAUUGGUCAACAAAUUCGUAUGGUUCCUCUUCCAAACGACCGUGACAAAAUAUGA